AUGUCUACGACUGUUGUGGAAACCGCGACCCCACCUGUACUCAACCUCACGCUUCAAAACGGGCAAGAAAUCCACUACCAUUCAGACACAUCAAUCGAGGCAGACGAAAUUCCAGUUAUUGACAUCAGGGAAAUUUACAGCGAUGACCUUGAAGCUCGCAAAGCUGUGGCGGAAAAGGUCCGAGAAGCGGCGCACCGAAUCGGUUUUUUCUACAUCAUCAAUCAUGGUAUAGAUUCCAGGCAUGCAGAGAACACAUUCAAGCAAGCCAAGCGCUUUUUUGCUCAGUCUGGAGAGAAGAAGAUGGAAGUCUGCACAGACCUGGUCACAGAGUAUUUUGGGUAUUUCCCGAUGUCAAAGGCCAAGAAAGACCUGAUGGAGGCCUACAACUGGGGCUAUAACCCUAAGUUUGAUCCUGAGAACGCAAAUGAGUCCGAACCAGAUGUCGACUACAUCAAGCUUUUGUGGCCCAAGGACCUCCCUGGUUUCAAAGAAACGCUAUACGAACACCAUGCUCAAUUGUUGACUCUCGCACGCCGAUUGACGAAGACCUUCGCUUUAGCGCUUCACCUGAACGAGAACUACUUUGAUAAGUACAUCAAGAAUCCAGCAGCAGGCAUGAGGAUUACACAUUAUCCUCCACAAGAGGCUUCGCCAUCGGAACAGUUGGGUAUCGGUGCGCACACCGACUUCGAGUGCUUUACAUUUGUCACGCAGGACGAGCACGCUGGUCUGGAAGUGCUGUCUAAAUCAGGCUACUGGAUCAAGGCAAAGCCCAUUCCUGGAAGCAUUGUCGUGAACAUCGCGGACUGCUUCAUGCGCCAGACCAACGACUUCUUCGUCUCAACUGUGCAUCGCGUUGUCAACAAGGCGGGUGCAGAGCGCUACUCUUGCCCCUUCUUCUUCGGUUUUCAGCAGGACAUGAAGCUGGAACCCGUGCCAACGUGCGUAAGUGAUACCAAUCGGAUGAAGUAUCCUAUCGUCAGCUCGGGUGAGUAUCUUAGGUGGCGAGCCGAGCAAGCCAAGAAGGCGAUUUGA